UUUCCCCGCAAGGAAAUGCAUCAGAGUUCGCUCACAUUUACUGGUUGACCGUAGAAACCAGUGUAGUGUGACUGCAGUUGAUAACAUCAGCGUUCUUAAGCCGGUUAUCACCAGCCGAACAACUAACCGACCUGAGACCUCCGAACGACGAGCAGCUGACAAAUGUUGUACGUUACGCAAUGAACGUGACAGUGACAGAGUGACUCCUCGCAGAUAAGAGAAGCUAGCUCGGGGUAGCUAGCUCCGUGAGCUAAGUCAAACAUCUUUGGGUGUCUCUGCGUGGGGGAAGCACUGACCUCGACCGAAGUGGACCGUGUUACCCAACGUGUUCGGCGUCGAGCAGCUCGGGGAGUCCCUCUUCUCUGCUUCCUCUUCGACUUCUCGUCCGUAGCGCAACUUUUUUUUUAGAUGGCCCUGGUAACAGCGCUGAGGAGACUGGCUCAUGUUCGGUUACGUGAGUGUUCGCGGCGGACGGCGGCAGUUACAUCAGGUGCGUGGCUCACCGGUCAGAGGAGCUUUACCACCGGAACACGGUCUCUGAGGUCAGACAACAAGGUGACGGUCCACUUCAUCAACAGAGACGGGGAGAAGAUCACAGUGAAGGGCUCGCCUGGAGACUCACUGCUAGAUCUUGUCAUCAAUGAGGACCUCGACUUUGACGGCUUUGGAGCGUGUGAGGGAACCCUGGCGUGCUCCACGUGCCAUCUGAUCUUUGACGAAGACGUCUAUAAGAGCUUGGGGCGAGUCACAGAUGAGGAGAUGGACAUGCUAGACUUGGCGUACGGCCUGACUGACACAUCUCGACUGGGUUGCCAGAUCUGUCUGACCAAGUCUCUGGACGGCAUGGUGGCCAGGGUUCCAGAGAGCGUAGCGGACAUCCGACAGAGCAAGGAUGGAUCCUCUUAACCAGCAGCCCUGCGGACGCAGGCAUUGUGGUCGUUGCCUGGUGAGAACUGAGGGUACGACGUGCAUGUACGUACAGGGGACGGUGGACGGUUGGUGUAACUGUGUCGGCACCGCUCUAUCUGCUCGGCUGCAACAGCAUCUCCUCCUUUUUCCAAGUCACAGAUGAGUAAAACAGGACUUCAGUAGUCAUUUUUUUUCUAGAAAGUCAAACCGCACAAGGACAUUUUUAUGGAGUAAAACAGUAAAUGAUAUAAGACGAAACUAUAUAUGAUAUUGUAUCAUUGUAAACUGUUAAUCUGCCCUGAUUGAAGGUUGGUCCAUUUUUAGAGAUUCCAACCUGUCACUGCUGUCCACCUGUGCCUUCGAUUAUCAAAGACUGUAUUCCAUCCUCUGAAAGUAAAGGAACAGAUUGACAGCUGACUCCUGUGACUGAAACAUAAAACUAACAGUCCUCAGUGUUGGCAUUAGACAAUGUGCUGAUGCCAACAUCCUCCCCAACAUAUUCUGUUUUAUUCUCCACAUUAUGUAUACCCCUACCAUUGUUUGGUUUGGUUUGAUCGAAUCCUCCAUGUAACCCUAUAAUUUCAUCAUGUGAUUGUACAUAUCUAGAGCACACACGUAUAUCUGUGUAUAGAGUGAAAAGAAAUGUAAUAAAAGAAAUAACCUUUCUAA